UUGAAAGUGCAGAUGUAGUUAGUAUGCAUGAAACUGUAAACCAUAAUUUGCACGCAUGAUAUAAACAUUUAACGUUCAAAAAGAGGACAACAAUUUUACACGGAUCAUACCUAGACCCCAAAGUCAUCAGAGAAACGCUUCUUGUUUUGCUCAUUAAUGCAUAACGGCAGACAAUUACACCUGUUCUGACACCGUGGUUUCUCGGAAAGCCCUGUGUUAUAAGAAGAGCUCAGUUGGAUCACUCCAUAUAAAGCUUCUCAGCUUAGUCUCUCUGUCAGUUUGGUGUAGCCAGUGCUCUAGAGUCAGCUUCAAAAUCCAGUCAUAGCAUUAGACUGCAGAGCUGGAGAGCACCAUGUGCAGUCCCAUGCAAGAGCCUAUUUGUUUGGUGGAAAACGUAAAUGGUUCACUGUGUGUGAAUGACAGUGCCAUUGAGUACCUGUCCAGAAAUAAUCAGCCAGUGGUGGUAGUGUCUGUGGUGGGACUCUAUCGCACAGGAAAAUCUUACCUCAUGAAUCGCCUGGCAGGAAAAGAAACUGGCUUUGCUCUGGGUAGCACCAUUGAGUCGAAGACUAAAGGUAUUUGGAUGUGGUGUGUGCCACAUCCCUAUAGAACAGGACAUACUCUGGUGCUGCUUGAUACUGAAGGACUGGGGGACAUUGACAAGGGAGACUCUAAAAAUGACGCCUGGAUCUUCUGCCUGGCUGUUCUUCUCAGCAGCACUCUGGUCUACAACAGCCGUGGAACUAUCGACAACACAGCAGUAGAGCAACUACACUAUGUCACUGAGCUUGCAGAGCAGAUUAAGAUCAAAUCACCUGCAUCCAAAGCAGCUGAGGCUGAGGAGGAGGAGGAAGAAGAAGUGGAAGAAUCUCAGUUUGUGAAAUUUUUUCCUAACUUUAUUUGGACAGUGCGUGAUUUUACACUGGAGCUGGUGAUUGAAAAAAAGGGUCGUGUGACCGAGGAUGAGUACCUGGAUUUUGCCCUGCAGCUGAAGAAAGGUGUUAGUAAGAAGGACACAAACUACAACCUUCCAAGGCAGUGCAUUCGAAACUAUUUUCCAAGCCGCAAGUGCUUUGUUUUCCCAUUUCCUGCCUCCCAGGACAAAAUGGUUUAUCUCGAGAGCCUAGAUGAGAGUGAAAUUUUCCCCAAGUUUCUGCAUGUUACACAAAGUUUCUGUGAGCACAUCUUUUCUACAAGCAAAGUUAAAACAGUUAAAGGAGGAUACAAAGUCACAGGGAGGAUGUUUGGUCACCUAGUGCAGACAUAUGUGCAGACGAUCUCUAGUGGAAAAAUCCCCUGUCUGGAGAAUGCUGUGGUUGCUAUGGCAAUGAUUGAAAAUGAGGCAGCUGUGCAGGAGGGACUUAAGCUGUACGAGGUUGAGAUGGAACAGGUGAAGAGAUUGUUUCCUGUCAGUUUCCGUGAAAUUUCUGCUGCACACAAGAAAAUCAGCAGUAUGGCGAACACUGAGUUUUUAAAGCGCUCCUUUAAAGAUGAAGAAGGGAAAUAUUGUAGGAAACUGAUGGAGGCGGUAGAUAAGCACUAUGCUGAACUAACUAUUCAGAACUUGGAGGCAUCAGAACAGAAAUGCCAGCAGAUUCUGUAUGAUCUAAACAGGGAGAUGAGAGAGCUUGUGCAGAAGGGAGACUUUGCAAAGCCUGGAGGAUAUAAACUCUACUGCACAUACAGAAACAACAUUAUCAUCCAUUACCACAGCCAGCCAAACAAGGGAAUCCAGGCUGAGGAGGUGUUGCAGAGGUUUUUGAAUGAGAAAAGUGUGGAGGCAAAAUUAAUUCUCCAAACUGAUGAACAACUGACCGAAUUUGACAAGAAGAUUCAAGAGGAACGAGAACAAGCGGCUCUGUUAGAGCAGCAAUGUAAAGUAGAACAAGAGAAAAAGUUGGAGACGGAGCGGCUGAUGCAGGAGGAAAAAGAAAGCCAUCAGCAGCGACUACAGCAGCUGGAGAAAAAGUAUGAGGAGGAGAAGCAUCAGCAACAGCAGGAGCUGGACCAAGCACUGGAGAGCAAAGUGACCGAACAGAAAAAGCUCAUACAGAAAGGGUUUGAUGAGAAAGCCCAGCUGAUGAGCCUGGAGAUUGAGCAACUUAAAAAAGAAAAAGAUGAAAUGUCUCACAGUUUUUUUAAGGAUUAUGUUGUUCCUGGUAUGGAUGUUGCUAAAAAAUUGUUGGACACUUACCUCCAGUAUAGAGCAAUGAAGCAAGGAUUAGCCAAGAAAAUCAGGUCUGUCUUUCUGUAAAUAGAGAACACUAACUAAAAUUAAGCAACAGUUACAUACUGUAAUAUAUUGGACAGUAAUGUUACACAGAAUAUUUACUAACAGAUACCUAAAUACAUACAUUUUCACUUAUAUAUUUUAGGUAUACUGAUAUACUCAAGGUUCAAGGGAGAUUUGUUGUCAUUUCAGAACAUGUGGUACAUGAAAGGGAUAAAAUCUAAAUAUUGAGGUCCCUAAAUAUGCAAUAUACAAAAUAUACAAUAUAUUAAAACUAUACAAUAGAAACUAUACAUAUACAAAAUAGAACUUAGAGACACUGACCAGCUAAACAUUCUAAACUCAAUCACAAUUUAGACUAGAAUAACAGUAAAAAAACAACAACAAAAAAACAUGUAAAACAUUUACUUACUAAAAGUAUGUAAAUAAGAAAAGUGUAAACUCCUUUGUUAUGGUGCACAUGAGAAGUCAUAGUGUAAGGGUAUAUUGUAAUAUAUUUUAUGAUGUAUAUGCUACAAAAAUAACAUAUCACUGCUUUUGAACUAAAAUGAUGUUGAAGAAAAAGAAAAUAAUAUGCACUACAAAACUGUUUUUGUUUACAAGUGGACAGAAUGAUUUCCUUUUACCUUUAUCUAUUUAUUGAAGAGUAGAUGUUUUGCACUGGAUUUUAUGGUUCAUCUCAAUCUUACAUAUUAGCUGGAAGGGAAAUAUUAAAACGGGGAAUCCUUAAUGUUUUCACAUAAAACAUCACUGCACUUUAACUCCUACUUCCAAAGCUGGGAUAUGCGAAGAGGAGAAUUCCACUGUUAUGUAAUGGAUAUGUGGCAAUAAUAAAGGCUUUUUCUUCUAA